UAUAUGGAAGAACCAAAAUGGAGUAAGGAAGAGUAAAGUAGAAAUUUGAGGAAUGAAGGCCAUGGGAAUAACAAAACAAAAACCAAUAAUUUAAAAACAUCGCAGCACCGCCAAUCCACUGACCCAACUGUUUGUAUGGAAAUCGUCACUGUCGAUUGGCUUAAAACUGUGCGCCACACAUUUUUAAUACAUUAAAUCACUCCCUACUUAAACCCCCCCUCUCCCUCCCUUUUUCCCUCACAAUCACAUUCAACAAUGGCCUCCAUCUCCAAUAAUCUCCCCCUUUCCUUCCUCUUCCUCCUUGCUCUCUCUUAUACUGCUCUCGCCGCCGCCCCUAGAAGGCCCCUCAACGUUCCAUUCGGCCGCAACUACGUCCCCACUUGGGCUUUCGACCACAUCAAGUACAAAAAUGGUGGAGCCGAAGUCGACCUCGUUCUCGACAAAUACACCGGCACUGGCUUCCAGUCCAAAGGCUCUUACUUAUUUGGCCAUUUCAGUAUGAGUAUGAAACUCGUCGGGGGCGACUCUGCCGGUGUCGUCACUGCUUUCUACCUCUCUUCUCAAAACUCCGAACACGACGAAAUCGACUUCGAGUUCUUGGGUAACAGAUCUGGACAACCCCCCAUUCUUCAAACCAACGUUUUCACCGGCGGUAAAGGCGACCGUGAGCAGAGGAUUUAUCUAUGGUUUGACCCAUCGAAGGAUUUCCACACCUACUCCGUUCUCUGGAACUUACACAUGAUAGUGUUUUUCGUGGACGAUGUGCCAAUAAGAGUGUUCAAGAACUGUAAGGACAUAGGUGUGAAGUUCCCAUUCGAUCAGCCAAUGAAGAUAUACUCAAGCCUAUGGAACGCGGACGACUGGGCAACAAGAGGAGGAUUGGAGAAGACGGACUGGUCCAAGGCGCCAUUUGUAGCGUCGUACAAGGGGUUCCACGUGGACGGAUGUGAGUCGUCUGUUCAAGCCAAAUUCUGCGCCACGCAAGGCACACGGUGGUGGGACCAAAAGGAGUUUCAAGACCUCGAUGGGUAUCAAUACCGGAGGCUGAGAUGGGUUCGCGAAAAGUACACCAUUUACAAUUACUGUACCGACCGGAAGCGUUACCCGAGUCUCCCACCGGAAUGCAGACGGGACAGAGAUAUUUGAUUCUAUUUGUAGUCGUCGUCGUGUUUGCAUAUUUUGGUUGGGGUUGGGGACUGAAUUACCUUUGUAUUUGUUUGUGAUUUGCCCCUUUUAUUUUGUCCUUAUUCGCCUAUCCUAUCCCCUCCUUGGACCUUGGCCCUUUCUUCUUCACUGUCGCUAUCGCCUCGUGCUUCCCCCUCACCUUGGAAUAUGUUUUUCUAUUUAUUUUUAUUUAUUAUAUUAUAUUAUAUUAUAUUAUUAAUAAUGCUUUUAUUAAUAAUAAUUAUUACUGUGUUUCAUC